AUGGACGGGGCGCGGGAGGCGGGCGCGGACACGGGGGCCAAGAAGCGCGAGGCAAUGCGCACGAGCACCGCGGCGCAGCAUGGGGAACGCCAGGUGCGGGAAAGGGAAACCAAGCAGGGCGGGCAGGAAACAUGCAACGAAGCACGAGCGGGCGGGUCAGCGGAGCGACGCAAGGAAGGAAAGGCGGCGGAGCGGAAAGCGUCGGAGGGGAGGCCGGGGAGACCGCAGGCGGAGGAGGGCGAGAGGGGGGACGGGAGCACGGCAGAGCCACAGGGGGCGCCGGAGGGGGGCGUGCGAGGCAAGCCCAUGGCGAGCGUAAGGCGCCGACGGAAGCGGGAGGGAGACAGAUGCGUCGGGGGGGAACACGAGCAGCGUCCACCCAGCAGCAGGGAAGACCCGGCGGGUCAAGGCCGAGAGGAGAGCAGGCAGGGAGAGCAGACCCGGGCGUGGUGUGACGUGUGGGCGUUUUCGUGGUUUGUGUUCAGGCUUGCGUCGGAGCACCGCUACGCAGUGCGCGCAAGUGGGCAAGAAGUGAACGGAGACGGAAUGGGGGAGGGCGGGCGCCAAGGACCAAUGAAAGGACAAGGAGCAGACGGAGGCGGAGUGGAGGUGAGACACAGAGGCACGCGCACAACAGGUCGCCCAAGCCGGAGGGCAACAGACCCGGGCAAGGGCGAGCUAGCACGACAGAGGGUGACCCCUCCAGGAAGGGAGAGUCAAAGACCAUGGGCAGCAAACCAGGAUGCAAAAGCCAUGCAACAAAACCAGCACGACGGCGAGGAGAGAGGCGGCGGGGGGAACGGACGGCCGGAGAAGAGGGGACAGAGGGAAGGCGCGGAGCAGCAAGCCAGGAGCAGAAAGAGCGAAGACGAUGGCGGAGCAAGCCGCACAGAAUAA